AUGCGCCGCCCCGUCAUUGCGCUAUCCAGCUGUCUCAUACUGCUGCCUACCGUUGCCGCCCUGCGCAGCAGCCCCCGAUCCAACCACGACGUGACCACUCCCCGACGGACCAGUCCGCAAAACCAUCUCGCCACCAUGCCCGGCACCACCACCGCCAACGACCACCCUGUGCAGCUCGCCGUGCGCCUCAGCGACACGCUCGGCUCCCAGCGCGCCGUCGGCAGCUUCUCGUCGUUUGCGCGGCAGCACGAGGCGAGCGAGGAGCGCCUCGGCAGCGACGCCGACAAGACGACGGUUCUCGCGCCCCUCAACUCGGCCGUCGACGCCUUGCCCCGAAAACCCUGGGAGGACGAGCGCGAGCUGGGCGAGCUGGGCGCCAACGCGUAUGAAGGUGAUGACGGCAAGGCCCGGGCCGACGCCAACCUCGGCCGCUUCGUCGAGGCCCAUCUCGUGACGGAGAGUCCGUGGGAGGCGGGCCAAAAGGCAAAGACAAUGGCCGGAAGGGAAGUUUGGUGGGAGGAGAGCGAGAAUGGGACGCGCGUGGUGAUGCCGGACAAGGUCGAGGUGGACAAGGUGGCGAUUGAGGUUGGCAACGGCCAGAUUUGGAUCCUCAAGGGUGUUUUGAAAUUCCAGUAA